CGGAAGUGGAUCUAUAAAGGCAUAGUUUGCUCUACAUUCGCUAAACGUUUUGAGUGAAUUUGUAACUGAUAAACAUGUUAUUUGUGGUGGUGUUAAGCCUUUUUUUCUUAACCGCUUUUUUAAGCAAGGCUGAACAAGGAUGUGCCAUCCCAGAUAUACCAAAUGCGAUCAUCACAGGUUCAAAUGGCACGCAUACAGAUAACUUGAAGCACGGAGAAAACGUGUCAGUAUCAUGCGAGGGAGAAUCAUUUUUGUAUGAUAACAGCAAGAAGGAAUUCACUAAGGAACGUUCCUUUGCAAUGAAAUGUGAAUCCGGAAAAAUAUCGUCAAAACCAUCAUGCAAGCAAGCGUUGAGUUGUGAGCUUCCAGAUGAUCAAUAUGCCUCGUAUUUUGUAAACGGAAAAAAGCAUAACGAAGAAACAAUCUUACAUGAAGGCGAGGUCCGCGUCGUAUGUGAAAACGGUACUAGUUUAACAGUGUCCUCAGAUGUGAAAAAAUGCUGGAAUGGUGUCUGGAGAUCAGGAGUGCAUUUACCAGUUUGUGUACCAGACUUUUUAGGAUGUGCCAUCCCAGAUAUACCAAAUGCGAACAUCACACGAACAAAUGGCUCGCAAACAGAUAAGCUGAAUCACGGAGAAAACAUCACGGUAACUUGCCAUGAAGGAUAUAGUAUCCAAAACAGUGAAGUUUAUGACUAUUAUUCAUAUCCUGACUACCCUGAUGUUGAAAACAAUGACGCACACUUCACUCUGACAUGCAAUAACGGCACGAUAGGAAACAAGCAAUGUGAACUAUCACAAGAGAGUAUAGAUCAACCAGAAAACAUGGAUCCUACGAUAAAACCAAUCUCACCUGACAAUGAAACAACGACUGCUGCAAGUGACCAAACCACUUCACCAAUUGAUAAUGAUCAUGGCGUGCUUAAAUGCACCAUACCUGAGUCCACCGAUGUACACUUUAUGACACUUUCCGGCGGGGAAUUAAAAGAGGGGACGCAGAUACCUAAUGGUAAAAAGUUUAGAGCGGAGAAGGAGUGUAAGGAUUACUACGAAGGUUACUACCUAAAUAGCGAUGACGUUGAUGGAGAAGAAAUUAGUCCGCCAAUAAGACCCAUUGAUAAGAUAGUUAAUUGUACAGAUGGUGUGCUCUCAGAUUAUACCCUGGUUUGUGACGAUGCGUCACGUUGUGAGCUUCCAAACGAUCCAUACGCAUCAUAUUACGUCAACGGUGAAAUAUAUAGAGGAAACAACACAGUCUCACAUGAAGAAAAGGUCCGUGUCGUAUGUGAAAACGGUACUAGAUUAACAGUUUCCUCUGAUGUCAGAACAUGCUGGGAUGGCGCCUGGAAAUCAGGAGAAUUCCCAGUUUGUAAAACAGAGUGUGGUCGACCUCCAGAUGUACAGGGCGCUCUUCCAGAGCCCGAGUUUAGGGACAUCACCAGCUUUCCAUCGGGCGCAACAAUCCAGUACAGAUGUGAUAUCAAGCAUUACCUUGUGGAGUUAACAAGCUGGUCCCGAACUUGUUCUGACGGCAAAUGGGACGAGAUUCAAUUCCGGUGUAUAGUAAAAUCCUGCCCGGCAUUGAAUACGCCAGACAACGGAAAACGGAUGGACUUUAACAAUGAGGUGGGAUCGUUUGCGAAGUUCACGUGCAACACCGGUUACGAUAUGGUUGGUGUCGCGCAGCUGUUAUGCAGAACGGAUAUGGAAUGGAGUCCCAAAGAACCUCCCACAUGCAAGCGUAUGGCGACUCGAUGCUUUUUAGGCGUCUCUGUGCGGUGUCCAGAUGACUCGUACCUGGCUAACGGUCGGGUUGUUCAAGAUACCUACCGACAGGAGAAAAACACAUUUGGAAUAACCAAUCGCUAUUUCUGUAACAGUGGGUACGUUAUCAAAGGGUCAUCCGCUAGAACGUGUCAGGCAAGCAAGUCAUGGAGUGGCACAAAACCAAUUUGCGAUAUGCCGAGAUGCCCCGAUAUGAGGGUAGAAAACGGAGAGAUUAAAUACAUAGGAGACAAGGCGAGAUACACGUAUGCACAUGUAAAUUGCAAUGACGGCUACACUGUUGGAAAAGAUGGAGUUGAAACAGUUGAAUGUCUUGGUAGUCUUCAAUGGGAGAGCAUCUUACAUUGUUACAAGGAGGGAUGUGAAGCUCCGAUUGAUAAUGGAAAUGAUGCGUUUUACCGAAAUGGAACCACAUACACUGUUACUCAUGAAAGCUGCUCCGGUGGAAAUAUACCCAGUUUUAAAGGACUGAUUACUUGUGUAAAUGGUCGCUGGUCAGAGCAAGUCAGCUGUUUGAGAGGAGCAAGUUACCGUAUAACUGUAAAAACUGCUGACAUCAAAUGGAGCGUGGGUGAGGGCACAGAUGGGGAGGUCUACUUGCACAUGUACGGUUCCAACGGGAACAGCGGCAAAAUCAUCUUACACGGUGAAUUUGAGGCUGGUGAUGAGGAUCUUACAGUUGGCCUAUGUUUUGACGUCGGAGAGAUCUCCAAAAUUAAGCUUGGUGUAAACGCACUAUCAUUCUCAUAUGACGGGUGGAAACCGGAAUCCGUCCAAAUUGAAGAUGUAUCAAGAGGUGUUUAUUAUGCAUUUAAACACGAUUUGACUGAGGUUGACGAUACAAGCAUCAUUCUUUAUCCAGUCGGCGGGAAGGCGAACAUCCUUGGCUGAUCAAGUAUAUAUGUAUGAUUUGCUGGAAGCAAAUAUGACUGUUUGAACAAAUGUGCCCAAUAUCCGGAGUGUAAACAGGUGUAUUCAUGGCAAUUCAUAAACAAUGCACUCUUUUGAACAAAGUGUAUCAAACGGUUGAUAAAACAUAAAUUAAAAGUUGGAGAGCAUUCGUGUUAACUGAAGGAAACUUACGUUAAAAUGUGGAAAGAACAUUUAAAUUAUGUAAAGCACUUGUAAUAGAACUUUUGACGAAAUCGUUAAUGUACUAGUAUAUGUUCAACUUAGUAUAUAUAUAGACGUCAUCUUUUAUUUCAGUGUAAGGUCGUAUUUUGUUUCACGAGUGUCAUAGAACAACCAUAAUAAAAAUAAAGUUUUUCUAUGUCACGUGUCUAUCACGAAUGAAAUAAAAUAUGAUCUUACACUGAAAUAAAGAAAUAUUAUGUUUGCUUUAUGCUUAUUUUCCGAGUUUUAUAGAAUUUUGAUUUACUUUAUCCAAAUACAAAUGCGAACAAUGUUACAAUUAAAAAUAUACAAUAUUGUUUUGUAAACCUUGAAGUGAAUUCGACCGCUGGUACAUGGUUUGUAAUAGUGUUCAGUAAAUUGCAUAUAAAUA